AUGCUCUCCUCUGAGCCAGCCGUUAAGCGGCCAUCAUCGUCGCUCUCUGAACAGCUGGCUGAGUCUGACACCAAGCGAGUCAAGCAUCUAUAUCAUCACCAUCACCGUCUCCAGAAUGCCAUUAAUCCAGGUCUGCUGGAACCCGCUAUCACCGAUGACUCCUACGUCGACCAUAUGAUGAAUCGCACUAUUGGACAGUCGCUCCGAGACUGUGGAUUCGAUUUGGCCGAUCCCGCCGCGCUUGAUAGUUUCCGCAAUGCAGCGGAGGAGUAUCUUAUGAAGCUCGCGUCGUAUGUGCGCAUUUCAAUGCUCUCGAGUCGCCGUCUACAGCCUAUACCCCAGGAUUUCGAAUACGCCUUGAAGAGACACUCCUUGCCUGUGGACUCACUUCUCCCGCACCUAGAACCACUACCAAAACGUGAACCUGCGGCAUCACAGCUACCAAGCCCUCCACCAGAAGAGGAAAACUUCAAAAGUUUACCUUCCCUCGGACCGCAAUUAAGUGGUGAAGAUGAUCGUGUUAGGAGUCCAUAUAUUCCCGCCCAUUUCCCCGAGUUCCCUAGCAAACACACCUACCGCCACACACCCGUCUUCACUGAGCGAGAACGAGAUCCGCGUAAAAUCCGUGAGCAAGCAGCAGAGGAUGGACGCCAUGGGGAGGAAGCCUUGCGCAAACUCGCACGAGCAGCAUAUAAAGAUAAUCAGCUUGGUUCAGCUGGUCGCGACAAGAAAACAUGGGGCCGGAGGAUGGAGAGUCUGGAUAGUAUGUUUGAAAAAACCAUCAAGGGACUAUCCAAGAAGGCUGCGAAGAAUUAUCUUGCCCCUUCUACUAUGGAUAUCGACUCAGGGGCAGCUCCCGAAACGGAGGCGAAACUAGCCAGGUCCAAAGGGUUGCUUGGUAUAGAGUUACCACCUGUUAUAAACUGCGAACGAGACCUUUGGCGUCGCAGUGCGAUGUCGGGGAGGCGAAGACCGGAGGAAAAACCAGGCGAUCCGAAGAACCCCCCGAAUAUAUCGAGAGUUGAUGGCUGGGUGCGGAUUAUGCCUUCAUAUUAUUUUUCGCGUCACGUUCACGCUUUGCAUCUUCUUCAGCUUCACCAACCCCUCCCAGGGAGACAUGCCAUACCGUCUGAACAAUCGCACCACUGGUUUGCAGACUACCACACCAGGCUUUGGGAUGCCAUCCUGUGGAGGAUUACAGGAGUACUGCACCAUUUCCAGAAGCUUGCACUUUUCAAGCUCUACCGGACCGCCCUUGCGAAGCUUUUCCUUGAAUAUAGGUUGGAUGUUUGUGGAGAAAGAUAUGGAGCUCCGUCAAUGGCCGCCAGUUUCGGGGAAAAGCUGCUGCAGGAGGUGCAUGAAGAGGGUCUGGAUGAGUUACUGCGCGACUUGAGGGCUCUAUAUUAUGAGAAUGUAGAGAGUACUCGAACGGGCCGGGCCAGCCAGUUGGGUGUAGCGCCUAUUGAUGGACUCCUGGAGAUAUUCAUGCCAUCGACCGUUCGACCGCCAUCUGAGCAGCAUAUCAUAGAGCAGAGCACCCUUCAUACGCACUCCGAAGCGCCAAUUCAGCCUCUGCUUUAUGUCAAUCCCACGAAUCCUGUCCUAGAGAUCUCGAGCACAUCGUCCGCAGCUGGAAAAUCCCAGUUGAUCUACUAUUUGACUGCUCUCGCGGUAUUGCCGCCCAAAUACAGUGGAAUCAUACUAGGUGGUCAUGCUGCUGCCGUCGUCUUCAUUGAUGCAGAUGGUAGAUUCGAUGCCGAACGCCUGCGAAACAUCGCUCGCGGAAUCGUCGAGGACAAACUGCGGAAGAAACCCGAAACUACACCUGUGGGUGAUAUCCCAGGAAGGACCGUUAAUCCGACAAUGGAUCAAUGUCUUGAGGCUUUGCUUCUUGCCUCUCUACAACAUGUCCACGUAUUCCGACCGCAGUCGUCGUUAGCUUUACUUUACACACUACAGUCCCUGGACACGUACCUCCUAGACCUGUCUCGCCAUGUGUCAGCCAACCGACGGGUGCACUCUAUAAUCGUAGACAGCGCCACGGCCUUUUACUGGCAGGACAAACUACAGGAUGAAGUCGCACGCACCGAAGACAUCGGGCGUCCCAUCGAUGAACUCGAACGCGAACGGCGAGAGCAAAAAAGCUUUUACCUCGCAGACAUGUACGCGGAUCUAGUUACUGCCUUGAAGCGGGUGCAGCGACUAUUCGACUGUGCUAUUAUUUAUACAAGCACGUCCUUGGCGGGGAAGUCAGUGGGAAAACCCGGAGCACCGUUGGAUGCCUAUAACCCCCUGGACACGGUUCUCCCAAACAUGGUCUCGUUUCGAUCUUCUCUCCCUCCCCCUUGGGGGCUGUUUCCAACUCUACGACUUGUUGUCCAGCGGGACAUGGUUCGGCCCUUCCCGCCUACGAUGAGUAUUCGUGACGCCCAGAAGGACGCGCAGAUGCGCCACGAAGUUGUCAUGCAAGGGAAGUUUGUAGGAAGUGUGAAUGGAUGGGGGCGAGAAGAUUGGCCACGGAGGGUUCUGGAGGGGGUCAAGAGACUUGAUGGAGGCCAGUUUGUAUUCCAGGUUGGACGAGAUGGGGUUACUUUUUAA